CUAUGCAAUAACCUUGUAUUUUUAAGCCAUGAUCGUGCAGACAUUGCUUAAAACUUGAAAAAAAUAACAACUGAUAAGAUUUUAACGCACAGCAAACCACACUCUUUCAUGGCAAUUUUUCCUUCAGCCUAAUUUUCAAGAGUUUCAUUUUCAUUUUUGUUUUGUUCAACAAUAAUAAAAUUAACAUUUUUCAAAUAAUAAUUGGAGCUGCUUUUUAUAAAUUGCAAUUUUUUUUUUAUUACUUCAAUAUUUAGAAACAAAUGGACGCCGUUAUUGGAGAAGAUAAUCUACUUGAAGCUUCUUUACAUAACAUACUCUGCCAGGAAAGUUUGAAAUGGGUUUUCGUCGGUGGCAAAGGAGGUGGUGGUAAAACUACUGUCAGUUGUGGUUUGGCCAUUCAAUUGUCUAAACUCCGUGAAACAGUACUACUAUUAUCAGUUGAUCCAGCACACAACAUAUCUGACACUUUUGGACAACGUUUCACCAAAACCCCUACUAAAGUCGAAGGUUUCAACAAUUUAUUUGCCAUGGAAGUAGACACUGAUAACGAUGAAAACCAGACUUUAUUUGAACCUAAUGAUGGAUCUGAAACAGUACAGUUAGGUAACAAUAUUGUGAAAAUCGUUUUAUCAUUAUUUCCAGGUAUCAAUGAGACAAUGAGAUAUGCUAAAAUAAUGAAGUUGGUUAAGACUAUGGACUUUUCAAUUAUUGUAAUUGACACAGCUUCUUCAGGACAUACUUUAAAACUACUGACAUUCCCUUCAAAGAUGGAAAAAGUUUUUGGAAACAUUUUACAACUUAAAAAUAGAAUAGGCCCUUACAUAAACCAAAUGUCUAUGCUUUUUGGACCGGGUUUCAAUCUAGAGGAUGUUGCACAAAAAAUUGAAGAUUUGUUGAAUUACAUUAAAACUUUUAAUCAACAAUUAAAAAAUCAUGAAGAAACCACAUUUAUUUGUGUAUGUAUUGCUGAAUUUUUGUCUUUGUAUGAAAUGGAAAGGCUUUUCCAAGAACUAAACAAAAAUGAAAUUGGCUGCAAUAAUAUUGUUGUUAACCAAUUAUACUCGACCAAUGGACAAUCCGAUCCCAAUUGUAAAAAGUGUUCUUCCAGAAAGGAAUUACAGUGCACCUAUCUAGAACAGAUAAACGAUUUGUAUGUUAAUUGCCAUGUUACUAAGCUUCCAUUGUUAGAAAAAGAAGUACGAGGUAUACCUGAUUUAAAAAAAUUUAUUAACUAUUUAAUAAAUCCAAAUUUUGGUUACCCUUAAUACGAAUAAGUAACAACACUGUUCUGUUAUUUUUCUUUAGUUUUUACAACAUAAGUUUAUAACAAUGUAAUAUGUACAUA